GGGGGAGUGUUGGGGAAUUCCCGGCAGGGCGGAAGCGCCAGAGCUCCAGGCAGAGCCCAGCGACUGGCCCGGGGCCACGGGGCCCCUGAGACUUGGGGGGCCAUGGCCGGGGUCGCGUGCUUGGGGAAAGCUGCGGAUGCCGACGAGUGGUGCGACAGUGGCCUGGGCUCUCUGGGUCCAGAUGCAGCAGCCCCCGGAGGACCGGGAUUGGGCGCGGAGCUGGGCCCGGGGCUGUCGUGGGCGCCCCUGGUCUUCGGCUACGUAACCGAGGAUGGGGACACUUCCUAUAUCUUUUCUCAUGCUGUGGAGCAUCUUUACCAUCAUUAUUCUGAACUCUAUAUCAGGGCACUGCACUUGGCGGUGAUUCAUCAGCAUGAGCCCUUCCUGGACUUCCUCCUAGGCUUUGCAGCUGGUACUGAGUACCUGGACCUGCAGAAUGACCUGGGCCAGACAGCCCUGCACCUGGCAGCCAUCCUGGGGGAAGCAUCCACGGUGGAGAAAUUGUAUACGGCGGGCUCCGGGUUGCACGUGGCAGAGCGUGGGGGCCACACAGCGCUGCACCUAGCCUGCCGAAUGGGGGCACACGCCUGUGCUCAAGUGCUGCUCCAGCCCCGCCCCCAGCACCCUAGGGAAGCCCCCCAUAUCUACCUCGCUCAGGACCCUGACCACACCCCUGGCACUGACCACACCCCUGCCACCGACCAUACCCCUGGCACUGACCACACCCCUGGCACCGACCAUACCCCUGGCACUGACCACACCCCUGGCACUGACCACACUGCUGUUGCGUUGUACCCCAAACCCGACUUGGAGAAGGAGGAGGAAGAGAAUGAGGACUGGAAGCUGCAGCUAGAGGCUGAAAACUAUGAAGGCCACACCCCACUCCAUGUGGCCGUCAUUCACAAAGAUGCAGAGAUGGUCCGACUACUCUGGGAGGCCGGAGCUGACCUAAACAAACUGGAGCCCACGUGUGGCCGGAGCCCCCUGCACUUGGCAGUGGAGGCCCAAGCAGCUGAUGUGCUGGAGCUUCUUCUGAAGGCAGGUGCUGACCCUGCUGCCCGCAUGUACGGUGGCCGCACCCCACUGGGCAGCGCCAUGCUCCGGCCCAACCCCAUCCUCGCCCGCCUCCUCCGUGCACACGGAGCCCCUGAACCCGAGGAUGAGGACGACAAGCCUGGACCCUGCAGCAGCAGUAGUGACAGUGACAGCGGGGAUGAGGGCGAUGAAUACGACGACAUCGUGGUCCACAGUGGCCGGAGCACAAACUGGCUACCUCCUACCCCAGCUUCAAAACCUCUCCCUGAUGACCCCAUCUGACUUGUUAGUAGAAUUUCUAAUUAAAUAAAAUCCUAGUUCUGACAA